AUGCAGAAGGAGUUGGGCACCCCCUCUUCUUGCACUGGCAUGCAGUCCCUCCCCCUGCCACCACUGCGGCAGGUGCUGCUGCUCCUGCUGCUGCUGGGGGCAGGGGUGCCAGGGAUGCAGGCUCAGGCUGGGAGCCUGGACCUGCAAAUCGACGAGGAGCAGCCAGCGGGCACCCUGAUCGGAGACAUCAGUGCCGGGCUGCCGGCGGGCACGGCAGCGCCUCCCAUGUACUUCAUCUCUGCCCAGGAGGGCAGCGGGGUGGGCACAGACCUGGCUAUCGACGAGCACACUGGGGUUGUUCGCACAGCCCGCGUCUUGGACCGUGAGCGGCGGGACCACUACCGCUUCACUGCCGUCACGCCAGACGGUGCCACUGUGGAAGUGACUGUGCGAGUGGCUGACAUCAAUGACCACGCGCCCGUCUUCCCGCAGGCUCGGGCUGCCCUGCAGGUGCCUGAGCAUACGGCUCUGGACACCCGCUACCCGUUGGAGCCUGCGCGGGAUGCCGACGCCGGCCGCCUGGGCACCCAGGGCUACGCACUGUCUGGCGAUGGGGCUGGAGAGACCUUCCGGCUGGAGACCCGUCCCGGGCCGGACGGGGCUCCUGUGCCUGAGCUGGUGGUGGCCGGUGAGCUGGACCGCGAGAACCGCUCACACUACAUGCUGCAGCUCGAGGCCUAUGAUGGAGGAGCGCCCCCACGGCGGGCCCAGGCCCUGCUGGACGUGACGCUGCUGGACAUCAACGACCAUGCUCCGGCCUUUAACCAGAGCCGCUACCACGCCGUGGUGUCCGAGAGCCUGGCCGCCGGCAGCCCCGUCCUGCAGGUGUUUGCCUCGGACGCCGAUGCUGGUGCCAACGGAGCUGUGACUUAUGAGAUCAACCGGAGGCAGAGCGAGGGCGAUGAGCCCUUCGCCAUCGACGCACACACAGGGCUGCUGCGGCUGGAGCGGCCGCUGGACUUUGAGCAGCGGCGGGUCCACGAGCUGGUGGUGCAGGCCUGGGACGGGGGUGCGCACCCUGAGCUGGGCUCGGCCUUUGUGACGGUGCACGUGCGAGACGCCAACGACAACCAGCCCUCCAUGACUGUCAUCUUCCUGAGCGCCGACGGCUCCCCCCGGGUGUCGGAGGCCGCCCCGCCUGGGCAGCUGGUCGCUCGCAUCUCCGUGUCCGACCCCGACGACGGUGACUUUGCGCAUGUCAACGUUUCCCUGGAAGGUGGUGAGGGCCACUUUGCACUGAGCACCCAAGACAGUGUCAUCUACCUGGUGUGCGUGGCUCGGCGGCUGGACCGAGAGGUGCGAGAUGCCUAUAACUUGCGGGUGACCGCCACGGACUCCGGCUCCCCGCCGCUGCGGGCCGAGGCGGCUUUUGUGCUGCAUGUCACCGAUGUCAAUGACAACGCGCCUGCCUUUGACCGCCAACUCUUCCGAGCCGAGCCCCUGCCUGAGGUGGCGCUCCCUGGCAGCUUUGUGGUACGCGUGAUGGCCCAGGAUCCUGACCAGGGGCCCAAUGGACAGGUCACUUAUAGCCUGGCUCCUGGCACCCACACUCACUGGUUCUCCAUCGACCCCACCUCAGGCAUCAUCACCACGGCAGCCUUGCUGGACUAUGAGUUGGAACCUCAGCCACAGCUCACCGUGGUGGCCACAGACAGGGGCGUACCUCCUCUGGCCUCCUCGGCCACGGUCAGCGUGGCCCUGCAAGAUGUGAACGACAAUGAGCCUCAGUUCCAGAAAACCUUCUACAACGCCUCACUGCCUGAGGGGACCCAGCCCGGGACCUGCUUCCUGCAGGUGACAGCCACAGACGCGGACAGUGGCGCCUUCGGUGUGCUCGCCUAUUCCUUGGGUGCUGGGCUUGGGGCGUCAGGGUCUCCUCCGUUCCGCAUCGAUGCCCACAGUGGUGAUGUAUGCACGACCCGGAUGCUGGAUCGUGACCAAGGACCCUCAAGCUUUGACUUCACUGUGACGGCUAUAGAUGGAGGAGGCCUCAAGUCCAUGGUGUAUGUGAAGGUGUUUGUGUCUGAUGAGAAUGACAACCCACCUCAGUUUUAUCCACGGGAGUAUGCUGCCAGUCUGAGUGCUCAGAGCCCACCAGGCACAGCUGUGUUGAGGGUGCGUGCCCAUGACCCUGACCAGGGGCCCCAUGGGCUGCUCUCCUACCGCAUCAUGGCUGGCAAUAGCCCCCAGCUCUUUGCCUUGGAUGAACAUUCAGGGCUGCUGUCAGUAGCCUGGCCCUUAGCCAGAAGGGCCAGCUCUGUGGUGCAGCUGGAGAUCGGGGCUCAGGAUGGAGGUGGCCUGCAAGCAAAGCCCAGUGCCCGAGUCAACAUCAGCAUUGUGCCGGGAACGCCCACACCACCUGUAUUUGAGCAACUACAGUAUGUCUUUUCUGUACCUGAGGAUGUGGCGCCAGGCACCAGUGUGGGCAUAGUCCAGGCACACAAUCCACCAGGUCGCUUGGGACCUGUGACCCUCGCCCUAUCAGGCGGGGAUCCCCGGGGACUCUUCUCCCUAGAUGGGGCUUCGGGGCUGUUACAAACCCUUUGCCCUCUGGACCGGGAACUGCUGGGGCCAGUGCUGGAGCUGGAGGUUCGGGCAGGCAGCGGCAUACCCCCAGCUUUCGCCAUCGCUCGGGUCCGGGUGCUGCUGGAGGAUGUGAACGACAACACCCCUGCCUUUCCUGCACCUGAAGACACGGUGCUGCUGCCCCACAGCACUUCCCCGGGAACCCCUAUCUACACCCUGCGGGCUCUGGACCCUGACUCAGGUGUUAACAGUCGAGUAACCUUUACUCUGCUUGCUGGGGGUGGUGGAGCCUUCGCUGUAGACCCCAACACAGGCCAUGUACAGCUCGUGAGACCUCUGGGUCCCCCAGGAGGGGCAGCCCAUGAGCUGGAGCUAGAAGCCCGGGAUGGGGGCACCCCACCACGCACCAGCCACUUUCGACUGAGGGUGGUGGUGCAGGACUUGGGGGCCCGUGGGCUGGCUCCCCACUUUGACAGCACAACCUACCGUGUGGACCUGCCCUCGGGCACCACCCCUGGGACCCAGGUCCUGCAAGUGCAGGCCCGAGCAUCCGAUGGGGGCCCCAUCACCUACCAUCUUGCAGCAGAUGGGGCAAGUAGCCUAUUUGGCUUAGAGCCACAGAGUGGGUGGCUGUGGGUGCGGGCUGCAUUGGACCGGGAGGCCCAGGAGUUGUACACACUGAAGGUCAUGGCAGUGUCUGGAUCCAAAGCUGAGCUGGGGCAACAGACAGGCACAGCCACCGUGAGGGUCAGCAUCCUCAACCAGAAUGAGCACAGCCCCCGCCUGUCUGAGGAACCCACCUUCCUGGCUGUGGCUGAGAACCAGCCUUCAGGGACCAGCGUGGGCCGGGUUUCUGCCAUGGAUCGAGACUCGGGUCCCAAUGGACGUCUGACCUACAGUCUGCGACAGCUGUCAGAAGACAGCAAGGCCUUCCGCAUCCACCCCCAGACUGGAGAAGUGACCACACUCCAAACCUUGGACCGAGAGCGGCAGAACAGCUACCAGCUCCUGGUGCAGGUGCAGGAUGGGGGGAGCCCGCCACGCAGCACCACAGGCACUGUGCACAUUGCGGUGCUGGACCUAAAUGACAACAGCCCCACCUUCCUGCAAGCCUCGGGGGCUGCUGGCGGUGGCCUUCCUAUCCAGGUACCAGACCGCGUGCCUCCAGGCACGCUGGUGUCAACGCUGCAGGCUAAGGACCCAGAUGAGGGAGAGAACGGCACCAUCCUGUACACUCUAACAGGUCCUGGUGCCGAGCUCUUCUCCCUCCACCCUCACUCCGGGGAGCUGCUCACCGCAGCACCUCUGAUCCGAGCAGAGAGGCCCCACUACGUGCUGACGCUGAGCGCUCAUGACCAAGGCAGCCCUCCGCGAAGCGCCAGCCUCCAGCUGCUGGUGCAGGUGCUUCCCUCUGCUCGCUCCGCGGAGCCCCCGCCCGACCCCGCCGAGCCAGGCCCCGCGGCCCCGGUGCCUGUCGUGCUGACGGUGACGGCAGCCGAGGGCCUGCAGCCCGGCUCCCUGUUGGGCUCGGUGGCGCCGCCAGAGCCCGACGUGCGCUACCGCCUGCUGCUCCAGGAGCCGCCCGUGCCCGCGCUCCGCCUGGACGCGCGCACCGGGGCGCUCAGCGCUCCGCACGGCCUUGACCGCGAGACCACACCGUCGCUCCUGCUGCUCGUGGAAGCCGCCGACCGGCCCACCAACGCCAGCCGCCGGCGCGCGGCGCGCGUGUCCGCGCGCGUGUUCGUCACGGACCAGAACGACAACGCGCCCGUGUUCGCUUCGCCCGCACGGGUGCGCCUCCCGGAGGAUCAGCCGCCUGGGCCCGCGGCGCUGCACGUGGUAGCCCGGGACCCGGACUUGGGUGAGGCUGCACGAGUGACCUAUCGCCUGGCAGCUGGCGGGGAUGGCCACUUCCGGCUACAUUCCAGCACUGGAGCUCUGUCCGUGGUGCGCCCCCUGGACCGCGAGCAGCGAGCGGAACACAUCCUGACGGUGGUGGCCGCAGACCACGGCUCCCCACCACGCACAGCCACGCAGCUCUUGACUGUCAGUGUGGCUGAUGUCAACGACGAGGCGCCCACUUUCCAGCAGCAGGAAUACAGGGUCGUCUUACGCGAGAAUAGCCCACCUGGCACGUCUCUGCUCACGCUGAGGGCAACCGACCCAGACUUGGGGCCCAAUGGCCAGGUGACUUAUGGAGGUGUGUCAGGUGAGAGCUUCUUCCUGGACCCAGACACUGGUGUUCUCAGGACUCUUCGGGUCCUGGACCGCGAGGAGCAGGAAGAAAUCAACCUGACAGUGUAUGCCCGGGACAGGGGCUCACCUCCCCUAUUGACCCAUGUCACAGUGCGGGUGACUGUGGAGGAUGAGAAUGACCAUGCCCCAACCUUUGGCAGUGCCCACCUCUCUUUGGAGGUUCCCGAGGGUCAGGACCCCCAGACCCUUACCACACUGCGGGCCUCUGACCCUGAUGUGGGCGCCAACGGGCAGCUGCAGUACCGGAUCCUGGAUGGGGACCCAACAGGAGCCUUUGUCCUCAAUGUCGCUUCUGGGGAGUUCGGCACCAGGAGGCCGCUAGACAGGGAAUUGGAGCCAGCAUACCAGCUGAAGAUAGAGGCCCGGGAUGGAGGGCAGCCGGUGCUCAGUGCCACUCUGCUUGUGACUGUGACUGUGCUGGAUGCCAAUGACCAUGCGCCAGUCUUCCCUGUGCCAGCUUACUCCGUGGAGGUGCCCGAGGAUGCACCUGCAGGGACCCUGCUGCUGCAGCUACAGGCUCAUGACCCUGACGCUGGGGCCAACGGCCGUGUGACCUACUACCUGGGUGCUGGUGCAGCAGGAGCCUUCCUGCUGGAGCCGGGCUCUGGGGAAUUGCGCACAGCUGUGGCACUGGACCGAGAACAGUGUCCCAGCUACGCCUUCUCUGUGAGUGCAGUGGACGGGGCAGCCGCCGGGCCGCUGAGCACCACCGUGUCUGUCACCAUCACAGUGCGUGACGUCAACGACCACGCACCUACCUUCCCUGCCAGUCCCCUGCGACUGCGCCUGCCUCGCCCAGGCCCCAGCCUCAGCACCCCGACCCUGGCUUUGGCCACGCUGCGAGCUGAGGACCGUGACGCUGGUGCCAAUGCCUCCAUCCUGUACCGACUGGCAGGCACUCCUCCCCCGGGCACUACAGUUGACUCUUACACCGGGGAAAUCCGGGUGGCCCGCUCCCCUGCAAUGCUGGGCCCUCAGGAUCUCGUCCUCUUCAUUGUGGCCACUGACCUUGGACGUCCAGCUCGCUCUGCCACGGGCGUGGUGAUUGUUGGGCUGCAAGGAGAGUCUGAGCGUGGACCCCGCUUUCCCCGGGCUAGUAGCGAGGCCAUGCUCCGUGAAAAUGCACCACCAGGGACUCCCAUUGCCUCCCCCAAGGCCAUCCAUGCAGGGGGCUCAAAUGGACUGAUCACCUACAGCAUUCUCAGCGGGAAUGAGAGAGGGGUCUUCUCAAUCCAGCCCAACACAGGAGCCAUCACAGUGCGCUUGGCUGAGGGGCUGGACUUCGAGGUAAGCCCACGGCUACGGCUGGUGCUGCAGGCAGAGAGCGGGGGAGCCUUUGCCUUCUUAGUGCUGACCCUUACACUGCAAGAUGCCAAUGAUAAUGCUCCCCGCUUCCUUCGGCCCCACUACGUGGCCUUCCUGCCUGAGUCCCGGCCCCUGGAGGGGCCCCUGCUGCAGGUGGAGGCAGAUGACCUGGACCAAGGCUCCGGUGGACAGAUCUCCUACAGCCUGGCCGCCUCCCAGCCUGCACGAGGAUUGUUCCACGUGGACCCAGCCACCGGCACCAUCACGACCACAGCCAUCCUGGACCGUGAGAUCUGGGCAGAAACACGGCUUGUGCUGAUGGCCACAGACAGAGGAAGCCCAGCCCUGGUGGGCUCAGCAACCCUGACAGUGAUGGUCAUCGACACCAAUGACAACCGCCCCACCAUCCCCCAGCCCUGGGAGCUCCGAGUGCCAGAAGAUGUGCUGUUGGGCUCCGAGAUCGCCCAGGUCACAGGGAAUGAUGUGGACUCAGGACCAGUGCUGUGGUAUGUGCUGAGCCCAUCUGGGCCCCAGGACCCCUUCAGCGUUGGCCGCUACGGGGGCCGCAUCUCCCUCACGGGCCCCCUGGACUUCGAGCAGCGUGACCACUACUCCCUGCAGCUGCUGGCACACGACGGGCCUCACGAGGGCCAUGCCAACCUCACGGUGCUCAUCGAGGAUGUCAAUGACAACGCGCCUGCCUUCUCACAGAGCCUUUACCAGGUGACCCUGCUAGAGCACAUGCCCCCGGGCAGCGCCAUUCUCUCCGUCUCUGCCACUGACCGGGACUCAGGUGCCAACGGUCACAUCUCCUACCACCUGGCUUCGCCUGCCGAGGGCUUCAGUGUUGACCCCAACAACGGGACCUUGUUUAUGACACUAGAAACUGUGGCCCUGGGCCAGGAGGGCCCGGGCAUGGUGGAUGUGGUGCUGGAAGCACGUGACCACGGGGUGCCAGGCCGGGCGGCACGAGCCACAGUGCAUGUGCAGCUCCAGGACCAGAACGACCACGCCCCAAGCUUCACAUCACAGCACUACCGCGUGGCUGUGACUGAGGACCUGCCCCCUGGUUCCACUCUACUUACCCUGGAAGCCACAGACGCCGACGGAAGCCGCACCCAUGCUGCCGUGGACUACAGCAUCAUCAGUGGCAACCGGGGCCGAGUCUUCCAACUGGAGCCCCGGCUGACUGAGGCUGGGGAGGGUGGAGGGCCAGGACCCCGGGCGCUGGGCUGCCUAGUGCUGCUUGAGCCUCUGGACUUCGAGAGCAUGACCCAGUACAAUUUAACGGUGGCUGCAGCUGACCGGGGACAGCCACCCCGCAGCUCAGCAGUGCCGGUCACUGUCACGGUGCUGGAUGUUAAUGACAACCCACCUGUCUUCGCCAGAGCAGCCUACCAUAUGGCAGUGCCCGAGGACACACCUGUUGGUGCUGAGCUGCUGCACGUGGAGGCCUCCGACGCCGACCCCGGUCCUCACGGCCUCGUGCGCUUCACCGUCAGCUCCGGGGACCCCCUGGGGCUCUUUGAGCUGGAUGCGAGCACAGGGGCCUUGCGCCUGGCCCACCCACUGGACUGUGAGAGCCAGGCUCGCCAUCAGCUUGUCGUGCAGGCUGCCGACCCCGCUGGGGCACACUUCGCACUCGCCCCGGUGACAAUUGAGGUCCAGGAUGUGAAUGACCACGGCCCAGCCUUUCCACUGAGCUUGCUCAGCACCAGCCUGACAGAGAACCAGCCUCCAGGUACUCUCAUCACCACUCUGCAUGCGGUUGAUGGCGAUGCCGGCGCUUUUGGGAGGCUUCGCUACAGCCUGCUGGAGGCCGGGCCAGGACCUGAGGGCCGGGAGGCAUUUGCUCUGAACAGCUCCACUGGGGAGCUGCGAGCCCGUGUGCCCUUUGACUAUGAGCACACAGGCAGCUUUCGGCUGCUGGUGGGCGCCACAGACACUGGGAAUCUCUCGGCCUCGGUCACCGUGUCGGUGCUGGUGACCGGUGAGGAUGAGUAUGACCCGGUCUUCCUGGCUCCAGCUUUCUACUUCCAAGUGCCAGAAGGUGCCCGCCGCGGUCACAGUCUGGGCCGCGUGCAGGCUACCGAUGAGGAUGGGGGUGCCGACGGCCUGGUGCUCUAUUCCCUGGCCACCUCCUCACCCUAUUUUGGUAUCAACCAGACUACAGGCGCCCUGUACCUGCAGGUGGACAGCCGGGCCCCGGGCAGUGGGGCAGGGGCUUCGAGCAGUGGGGGCAGGACCAGGCGUGAGGCACCGCGGGAGAUGAGGCUGGAGGUAGUGGCCCGAGGGCCACUGCCUGCCUCUCGAAGUGCCACCGUGCCUGUGACCAUGGACGUCACCCACACCGCCCUGGGCCUGGCGCCUGACCUCAACCUGCUCUUGGUGGGGGCGGUGGCGGCCUCGCUGGGUGUGGUUGUGGUGCUUGCGCUGGCAGCUCUGGUCCUAGGACUGGUGCGGGCACGGAACCGCAAGACUGAGGCAGCCCCAGGCCCAAUGUCACAGGCGGCACCCCUGUCCAGUGGAUCCCUUCAGAAGCUGGGCCGGGAGCCACCUAGCCCGCCGCCCUCGGAGCACCUGUACCACCAGACCCUCCCCAGCUAUGGUGGACCAGGAGCUGGGGGCCCCUACCCCCGCGGUGGCUCCCUGGACCCCUCACACUCCAGCGGCCGCGGUUCCGCAGAGGCCGCUGAGGAUGACGAAAUCCGCAUGAUCAAUGAGUUUCCACGCGUGGCCAGUGUGGCCUCCUCCCUGGCCGCCCGUGGCCCCGACUCGGGGAUCCAGCAGGAUGCAGAUGGACUGAGUGACACAUCCUGUGAGCCGCCCGCCCCUGACACAUGGUACAAGGGCCGCAAGGCAGGGCUGCUGCUGCCAGGCUCAGGAGCCACCCUGUACCGAGAGGAUGGCCCCCCUGCCACCGCCACCGCCUUCCUGGGGGGCUGUGGUCUGAGCCCUGCACCCGCCGGGGACUAUGGCUUUCCAGCAGAUGGCAAGCCGUGCGUGGCCGGCGCGCUGACGGCCAUCGUGGCUGGAGAGGAGGAGCUUCGUGGCAGCUAUAACUGGGACUACCUUCUGAGCUGGUGCCCGCAGUUCCAGCCGCUAGCCAGUGUCUUCACAGAGAUUGCCCGGCUCAAGGAUGAAGCUCGGCCUUGUCCUCCAGCUCCCCGUAUUGACCCGCCACCCCUCAUCACUGCAGUGGCCCACCCAGGAGCCAAGUCUGUGCCCCCCAAACCAGCCAGCACAGCUGUAGCCCGAGCUAUCUUCCCACCGGCCUCCCACCGCUCCCCCAUCAGCCACGAGGGCUCCCUGUCCUCAGCUGCCAUGUCCCCCAGCUUCUCACCCUCCCUGUCCCCUCUGGCUGCUCGUUCACCUGUUGUCUCUCCAUUUGGGGUGGCCCAGGGCCCCUCAGCCUCAGCCCUCAGCUCAGAAUCUGGCUUGGAGCCGCCUGAUGACACAGAGCUGCACAUCUAGCUGUGGCCCGGGCUGGGCCCCGACCUGGGAUGCGAACAGUGUCCCCAAUGCAGGCCCCACUCUGAGCCUGCCCUGGGCAGCCUCGGACCAUGUUUGGCCACAGGGGAGGCGACCCUUGGACCCCAGAUCCCCACCCCCAGCUCCCCCAGUUGGGGCAGGUCCUAUAUCCUAGCCCCUCAGAGCACCAGCACCAGAGGCGCCCUGUUGGGGGACUGGCCUGGGGGCCUGGUCCAAUGUAGGGGGUGGGGGAGGAAACAUGGAGGGGCGGGCCUUGGGUUCUCCCUGAGGACUUCCUGCCCUGCACCAGCACC